AUGCCUCUUCCGGAGCUCAUCGAGAUUGUGCCGCUCUCCCCGGAGCAGCUGCAGAGCUUCGCGACCAACAAGGCCGAGAUCAUGGUCCCCGGUUCGAAGAGCAUCACCAACCGCGCCAUUGUGCUUGCAGCGCUCGGGAAGGGCAAGGUGGUGCUCAAAGGAGCUCUGUGGAGCGAGGAUACCGAGGCCAUGGUGGAUUGCAUGCAGCGACUCGGCAUCCAGCUGGAGGUGGCCGUGGACCCGGUACUCGAGGCCAACCGCAUCAUCACCAUCCAAGGUUGCAAUGGCAAGCUGCCCAAAGGGGGGACGUCAGACGCCCCGCUGGAACUUUUCGUGGCCAAUGCGGGCACCGCUGCUCGCUUUCUCUCAGCGAUGGUUUGCCUGGGCAACGGCGUUUACCGCCUCAGCGGAGUGCCGCGCAUGCACGAGCGGCCACAGAAGGAGUUGAUCCGGGCCCUGCGCUCCCUGGGCUACCGGAUUGAGACUCCGAAUGACAAGCUGCCCGCCGUCUUCUACGGCGAGGGUGCGAAGCCUGGUGCGGUAACCGUCAGCGUCGAGGACAGCUCGCAGUUUGCCAGUGCUUUGCUGCUCUCCAGCCGGGCGGGGAGUUGGAACGUCUCGACGCCUCCAGACGCGAAUCCAGAUGAGCUCCCUUACGUGGAGAUGACGCGGGAACUCCUCAAGGCGUUCCCACAUGAAGGAGGGGAGUUUCAGAUUGAAGCCGACGCCUCCAGCGCGAGCUAUUUUCACGCGGUGAAUGCCAUGUUCCCCAAGAUCGCGCCUGUCCGUGUUCUGGCCUGCCAGCCGCCUCGCACGGAAGGAGGAACUGGCUGGCAGAUCGAUGCCGAAUUCCCGAGGCUGGCGCCACGGAAUCACAAGAUGCGGAGCACAGCGCAGCGGCUGAUGUCCUUCCUGACAGGCCUGGCGCAGCGAGUUUGCUCAGCCGGCCAGGCUCCGCGCGUGAUUUCUCGCAAGACCGACCUUGGCGACUCUAUCAUGACGGCAAUCACGAUCGCCACGCUGGCAGAGUCGCCAUUUAAGUUCGUGAAACUAGGCGUGCUGCGCAAGCAAGAGUGUGAGCGUGUACAAGCUCUGCGCGACGAGCUUACGAAGUGCAAGGUCGACGUGAAGGAGGUGGAAGACACCCUCGAGGUCGCGCCAUGCGAGUCUGCCAUAGGUGAUGCCUCCAUCCACACCUACCACGACCACCGCAUGGCGAUGUGCUUUGCCACCCUGGGACUGGCAGCUCCAGGGAUCAAGAUUGAAGAUCCCAGCUGCGUCCGAAAGACGGUGCCCUCCUUCUUCCAGAUCCUCAGCGCCCCACCGCCGCGGGGCCUCGGCGUGGAGAUCUGGGCCCUCCGGCCGAUCCAGUCGGCCGUGAUCUGCAGCAUUUCCACGAGCCGCAAGUCCUACGCACAGAGCCGCCGUGUCGUGGAUGCCGCCGCACUGCUGGCUACACAGGAAGAGGAGGAGAUGUCAGCGGAGCAGGCGACGAUCCGGGAGCUGGAGGGGCGGAUCGAGGCUUUGCACGCUAAGCUCGGUGCCUCGGCUCCGCGCGAGGAGGUGACGUCUCUGACGGCACAGGUUCGAAGUCUUGAAAAGCAGCAAGAAGAAUUGAGGAGUGCUUAUGCCGCAGCGAUGCAGCGCGCAGAGGAUGCUGAGCGGCGUCUGGAGGAUGCGACGAGGAAGUUGGAGGAUUUCCGACGCGCGGAGUCUGAGAAAGUUCCGGCUGCUCCGGCGCCUGCCGUGACGCCGGUGAAGGUGGCGGGGUGCUGA